AUGAUUCAGUUUGGAAAUACUUGCUAUUGCAAUUCCGUCAUACAAGCACUGUACUUUUGUCGACCAUUUCGGGAAAAAAUUCUGCAGUAUAAGCAGCAGUUGAAGAAAUCAGCGUAUAGAAGUAUGCGUUUGUUACAUUGCCACUGUUUCUUUUCCCGUUACUCGUGGGAAGCUUUAGGAAGCCAAAAGGAGAACCUAGCAACCUGCCUCGCUGAUUUAUUCCACAAUAUAGCCACACAGAAACAGUUGUUCGACAACUAUAUGCAGCAAGAUGCCCACGAGUUUUUAAACUAUCUUCUUAACACGGUAUCCGAGACUUUGAUAGAGGAGAAAAAUGCCGAGCGUGAUCGUUUACUAAGGAAUGGAACCCUUCGCAAAGGAACACUAAAUACCGACAGAGGGCGCGACGAAACCAGCGGACCCUCCUCGAAAGUGGAUAAAACAUGGAUACAUGAAAUCUUCCAGGGAACACUUACGAACGAAACACGCUGUCUGUGUUGCGAAACAGUAUCGAGCAAGGAUGAAGAUUUUCUCGAUUUGUCUGUGGACAUAGAUCAAAAUGCUUCCAUCACACACUGCUUGCGAGUAUUCAGUGAAACAGAAACCUGUGUGGGAACCAGCGUAGGCUCCAUCUGCUUCGCUUAUUUAUUUGGAUAUGUUGUUUUAAAUACUUUUGCGAAACUUGUUCAUCAAAGCAGGAAGCUCAAAAAAGAAUGCGUAUCAAACGACUACCAUAUGCUGGCAUUACACUUGAAAAGGUUCAAAUAUAUGGAUCAAUUAAGUCGUUACACGAAACUUUCACAUAGAGUGCUGUUUCCUCUAGAGCUGCGUCUGUUCAAUGUGAGCGAUGACGCGUCGAAUGGUGAUCGUCUUUAUGAUCUAGUUGCGGCGGUCGUCCAUUGUGGAGCUACACCUAAUCGAGGCCACUAUAUCACUAUUGUCAAGAGUAACUCAUUUUGGUUGCUAUUCGAUGACGAUAUUGUGGAUAAAAUGGAUAUUUCUUCAAUGGAGGACUUUUUUGGACUGUCAGACGGCGGGCUACAGAAGAACUCCGAGUCAGCCUACAUUCUGUUCUAUCAAGCCCGGGAUUGUCCAGAUUUACUGAAGUCGAACGGAUCCGCCUUCUCGAACCAUGCUUCAAUUUAA